AUGCUUCAGCUUCCCGGCCAAUCGAUGCUGGGCGUGGCCAACCCAACGUAUCCCGAGCUCAGCUCGCCGGGUCCAAAACGGAAGUACGGACGACAGGACUAUGGCAGAUUUGACAACAUCUGCUUCGACAGCGCCUCGAUUGGCGGAUCAUUGUUGGGAAAGGUGAACGUGGACGUCGGGCUCCGGUUUGCGAAGUCGAAAUGGGGCUUCUUCCGCGGCUGCACCCCUGGUGGAAUUCUUUAUAUCGACAUCGACAUACAGCAACAAGCCGACUGCAAGAUCGAUCAGGCCACAGUUAAGAUUGUUUUGAGAGACAAGGAGUCCGGCGUGGUCUCGAAAUAUCCAACCCAGGUGACACCCUUCUUCGGGCCCAAGCAUCUCACCGGCACAGAGAGACUUGAGCACAAGGAGUCCAGCUUCCAACUCCAGCCGUCUGUACAGUUCAUGGGGACCGGUCUUUCGGGGCUGGGCGGCUCCUCCAGUGCAAAAGCCGACAAGGUUUACCACUGGGAUAUUCGAGGUCAGCGGACCAACUCCAAGGCAGCGGCCGGCAUUCUCGGCCUCCACUACGACACUCUGGAGUGGAAGAUGAUUGAGAACAAGCUGGAGGGUCGAAGUGGCAACAAGAUUUGUACGGCAUUCGCUUUUACUCACAGCGGCCAUGAGAUCCUCAUGGACGUCAUCGUGGAAGGGAAACUGAGCUCCAAGACCGACCGGCUUCGCGAGGGCGUCAAAAGGCUCAAAUUCCGACCAAAUGCGGGCAGGAAACCAGGCCAGAUAUCGACAACCCUCAUCGGAGUCUACUCCGGAGAGCGGCCCCAGCUGGACAUGCUGGCUGCCGGACUUGAGCACGACAUGGUGAGGGAAAACUACAUCUCCCAACCUGUAAUGAUGCCAAAGCCGCAACAGUCGUCGUUUCGACAAGAGCCAGCCGGGCGUCCGCCCGAGACUCAAGGAGCGCUCACCUCAGCCGACGAGCGAGCUCAACAAGCAACGCCUGUACUUCAGCAACCCCACCCACUUCCUGAAUCCGGAAGCAUCAAGCUGCUAGAUCCAACUGUGCAAAGGCUUCUCUGCGCCGGCCAAUCUCUUAUCAGAUCUCCAAGAGAUAUGAUCUUCGAGGAGAUGUCCGAUCAAUGGGACGAGGCAGACACCCCAAGUCGGUCGUUGUCGCCCACAGUUGUGGACAGUGGCAGAGUGAAUGAGAUAUUAAAGGAUGAGCUGCCCGAGGACACCGAGUCCUUCCACUCGUUCGUCACUGUGGAGGAUAAAGAGAAACCUGAAGGUGGGCUACCUCGCCCUCUAGCUUCGAAGCCUGAAAGCCGAAUGGUGUUGAGAAGUAGGCUGCUCGAGGACCGCAUCAUCACAGAAAACCAGUUGAGCAUACUGGGCGCCUUUGCUAUCGGUGCGGUCAUAUCCUACAUCAUGGCCAUGCUGCGUCAAGGAACUACAGAGCGGUGAAUUGAUAGGGGAAGGAAUAGGAGUAGAGCAGAAGCUUGUAUUUAAAAUACAAACACCACUACCAGAUCUGCAGCGAUGGAACGGAGUGACGCAAAG